GACGACUGUAGUGAGGCCCUCAGCAUCCUGGUUCAGCGCGAGAUGCUCACCACACUGACACCUAGGUCGCUGUAGAAGUAGUUGUAGUCUUGCAGCCCACCUAAUCAGGAUGGUGUAUGUGCCGGAAGAAGAUAAUGUAGGAGUAGAAUGAAAGAAGGGCUUCGCCAGCAGAUGAGCGAGAGACGAGUCUCCAUGUCCGGGUUUGGAACUGACUGAUGUUGCCAGCGGCGGGAUUUGUGUGAUAAAUGUGCUAAAAGAUACAAUACAACUUGGCGACAACAUUUCAAGAGAGAGAGAGAGUGCGGCUGUUCUUUGCCAUCGGCGACCAGCUGACCGGACAUGACUAACUGAGUUCAACAGGAAGACACAGGGCGGAAAGGGGAAGCCAUGAGGCGGGCACUGUCACUGCUGUGUUUCCUCGUCUGCUUGUAUGGCGGUCUGGCGGACAUCUGUAACCAAAAUGCAUCCAAUUCUGGCGGCGUCCAAGACAGACCAUUUGGUCCAGGCAAAGUGGGGGUCACAUACACGGACAACAGCUGCACGGAAAAUGUCACCUGCACCUUGUGUCCUCAUAACCAGACAGCCACGCCUCUUGAUGCACGUUUUAAUGAAAGUGGAGAAUCAUAUUGCAUAUUUACAAAUUUGCCACAAAAUGUUCACUACACCGUAAAGAUCGCAUGUAAUGGAAUGGAAAUUGCACAGAAGAAACUUGAAUAUUAUUUUAACUCAGAACCUGUAAGAAACAGCCCUAAUGUAAGCACUUGGUCUCGAUCAGCAAGCAUCAUGAUGGAGGCCUUUUGUUUCGCCAUGAAAGUAGACAUCGGGUACAUGAUGGUCAACAUCAGAGGGGACAACAUGGACACGAGCUGUGUGGUGUUCCCGACGUGUGACAAGUGUAAUAACAGUUUAUGUCCUGAGCCUCCGUUAUCGUGUAGACGUCAACCAAGAAUUGAUUUUGAGAAAUGCGAUGAACAGACCAGCUACAUCAACAUCACUUUGCCCCUCGAUAAUCUUCGUCCGUCAACAGACUACACGUUUGACUUGUAUUACAUCUACUGUGACCUCAACACGAAUAUCAUCUCGAACUCUACCAUGAUGGCAACGACUGGCGCUGGUGAUCCAGUGAACGUUACAAACAUAAACGCCACACCCAUCGGACCGAGAAACAUUAAUGUGACCUGGACCUUACCUUCUCCUGACCCCGCGAACUACACCCUGUACAUCACAGACCCUCGGGCCGGAGAGGCGGAAACAGGAUGUGACGUGGACACAACGUGGCCGAUCGUUAUACCCUGGAAUGUGACCACAUACAAGGAGAACUCUAUCCAAGGCCCCCAUGACAUCCCGGUGCCCUACCCCUUCUGGCAAUACCAGGUGGCGGUGGUGAUGUCUACUGAAACAGGCAACUCCACCCCUCAGUGGGUUACAGUCAGAACUCUUCCAGAAAGCCCUGGUGCUGUUUCUCACCUGAAUGUAACGAGACGGGAGACUGUAGAAGGUGAUAUCAAGUGUGGCAAUGCAGCCUGGGAGUCGUACAAUGAUGUCUGUGUGAUGUGGGAGGAAGUCUGUCCACGUGAGCGAGGCGACGACAUCACAACCUACGAAUACAGUCUUAGUAAUGGCGGCACACCUGAGACAAAGAAUGUGAACUGUAAGCCGGGGGAUAACCAAGAGAAGCCCGGGAAGAGCCAAGACAUGACCAGGACCACGUGCAGCUUCCUGCUUCCUGUGGAGACAGGAUCCAACUACAAACUUUGUAUGACAGCGAUAGGACAAACAAACAAGGGUCUUACCAACUGUACCAGUUUUCAAGUCCCACCGAUGAAACCAAACAUCACCAAUAAACAACAGCACCAAGCCCGUGAAAUUCCGACACAAAAGCAUCAGACAAAAUUCACCCUGUCAUUGACAUCAUAUUGCUUCAUGACAUCGGACAUCUUUGGGAAAGUCGUCAACAAUGGAUUCGUGAUUUCCAAAAAAACAUGGACAAAUGAUGUCAAUUUAUAUAAUCUACCGACAUGGUACAACAGAUCCAUGGGCUACUACCAGAUUCGACCAUCUUUUCUCAAAAACCAUCCGACGUCAUGUGGUAGCAAACGAGACUUCACUGUUGGUAAUGAGAACUGUGACCUCCCGGUGGUCAAGCCGUACUGCAAUGGACCCCUUGAUCCUGGUACUACAUAUUCAGUGACUGCCUUUGUGUGUACGAAGGAUGGGUGCGACACAGUGCCUGUUGCCAAGGACAUCACCACACAAGAAGAGCCAGGUGUAUCGCCAUACACUGUUGUUGCUAUCUGCCUCGGUCUUCUGUGUAUUCCACUGCUGGGAUUUCUGUUUUACCUUCUCUUCUGGCGUGACAGAGGCAAGAGGGGUUCUCUGGAUGUGCAGCACGUGAUGCGGGUGGUGUCACGACCUAUACCGCUGUCCAAGCUUGAGCAGGAGGUCACCAAGAAGGAGGCGCACGACUGGCUUUUGUUGAGAGAAGAAUACGAGGAUAUCCAGCAUUGCAGCAAAAAGUCUUCUUGCUCCAACAGCUUUCUUGAGUGUAACAGGGGCAAAAACCGUUUUGCGGACAUCAGUGCCUAUGACCACAGUCGGGUCUCUCUGUCAGUUGAAGACGCCAUCGAGGGAAGCGACUACAUCAACGCCAACUUCAUACCUGGUUUAACCGCGAGUGAUGAGUUCAUCGCCACCCAAGGCCCCCUGCCGGCCACCCGGAAGGACAUGUGGCGCAUGGUGUGGGAGCGCCAGGUACCCAUGAUCAUCAUGCUCACACAGAUCGUCGAGCGGGGCAGGGUCAUGUGUGACCUGUACUGGUCGUCUACACCAGGAGAUGUCAAAGAGUAUGGACAGGUGAUUGUGCGCACCUUGUCUGUGUCCACGACAGAUGACUACACCAUCACCACCUUCUCCCUCAGACAUGACCAGGUCCCUGACGAGGAGCGAGAGCUACUUCACCUGCACUACCUCAAGUGGCCGGACAUGACAGCUGACGUGUCGCUGGACUCCAUGAUCCACUUCCUGUAUGUCGUCAGACACAUGCUUCCGGAGAACUCUCCUGGACCGAUCGUCGUCCACUGCAGUGCCGGCGUGGGUCGCACGGGGACGUACAUUUGUCUGGACUACGUCAUGCAGUUCAUUCAGGAGAGAGCCCUCGACGAAAGGCUGGACAUUUUGAAGUUUGUUCUGCGCAUGCGUGAAAAUCGUUGCCGCAUGGUGCAGACAGAUAACCAGUACAUCUUCAUCCACCAGUGCGCGCGCCACCUGAUGGCGAUGAGGCGCAAGCGGGAGUCUGGGGAGGAUGUGGAGCUGGCGGUGCACGUGGCGCCCUUCAACAGUUCCGCCUCGCUGACCAGAAACGACGAGAAGCCCGGCAAGAGGGCCAGCGACGAGAACGGCAGCGCGUCGGAGGGCGCCGACGCCGACACCGUGGAGGCCGACAUGAACGACGAGGACGUGGCGGAGGACGACAAGCUCAUCAACGUCCCUGACAACGAAGAAAAGUCCGUUGAAGACAUGCCUCUAGCAGCGUCCAGCACUGAACAGUUAUGUUCGGAGUAAGCAGUUGGUAUGUGUUGCCUUUGUACACCUACACGUCGGUGCCUUUGAACUGAGCUGCGCUCACAGUGUGAAUGAAAUAACACACCAUGGUGAUCAUCCACUUGAAGGACAAUGUGUUUCAUGACAUACAUGUGUUUCUUGCCAUCGACUACACGCUAUCUACACAGAUUAUGAAGAGUGGCUCAUCGUCCAAAUCGUGUCGAGUGAUUAAUGUCAUACACCGACAUAUCAUCACUGGCUCUCAAGAGUGGCUGUGCAGAAUCUCCUUUGAGAGAAUGGAGGAUUGUUAUUUAUAGCCGGAGACGCCAAGUUCACAAUAAUUCAAUUUGAUGAUCUUUUAUUUGUAAAUUUGUUUAAUUAAAAGAAAUGCAAUAUUUGUGACUAAGAUCUCAAACACUGACCAUGACAUGCUUUUAUGGGUUGAAAAUUCGCACAGUCUCAUCAAUUCUUAGUUCAAAUUAAUGUAGCGAUAUACCUGCUGUAUGACAGCGAUUCACACAAAAAUGUUAAACUGCCAAAAUAUAUAUAGAAGCACUUGUAUUAUAUGCAACUCCUUAACAAUCGACUUACAUUGAAAAGUAUUUUAUGCUGUAUAUAUUCUGGCACCAUGUCUUCCUGAACAGUGAACACCCAGACCUUAGAGAUAUCAAGAUUUACUGUGCGAUGCAAGAAUUGUACAACCACUAUUUAACAUGUGUUAUAAAGGACAUGUACAAAGGAUUGUUGAAGAUGCUUAAAUGCAGAAAACUUGACAAAUAUCUCAUUUCACUGAGCAGCACAUUUGAGGCUCGUUCUGUCGUUUACUAAUUGUUUGAAAAAGUACAUUGAGAGAGGACUUAAAAGUAUUAACGACAGUAUUAAUGCCCUCGUUAUUAUUAUUAUUUGUAGCAGCAUUGUACAUACAGAAAAUAGUUUAUUGUGUUAGCCUCGCCCAUCUACUGGUUUUAUAUUUGUCUUCACCCGUUUGCUUAGUAAAUAAUGUUUUAUUUUGUUUUCGUCACAUGUCUUUGGAAUCUAUAUCAGAUGUAAAAUGUUUUAAGGAAAAAAAAAUUCGUUUAUAUUUUCUGCUGUUUUCUUUCAGUGUAAUUUUUCAUUGGUUUGAAGUUAGAAAUACAACGAAAAGAAUUUUGAUUUGCAGUGCUUACGAUAACUGUCAGUAUAAUUUUUUCGAAAUCAGUUAGCUACUCAUGUACUUACAUCACUUACACAGCAGCGUGCUAUGUAAUCAAAAUACAACCUGCACAUAAAAUGAGCUGCCUUAUUUUUAAUUUUGUGUAAAGUAUUGUUAGCUAUACUUAGUCUAGAAUAAAACAUCUAUAUUUCUAUCAAAGUUGCUUCAAUAUAGGAUAAUAAUCAUUCUUAAAUAAAGCUAUUUUGUUUAACAAGACUUUAGUGAGGCUCUUUCUCUUUAUAUAUCAUUUUGGGAAAAAACUACUCAAGCAAAAUCCUUUUUACGAAUUAUUAAACAGCAGCUUUAAUGUACAGUGGAUAAAUGACAUCUUUAUUUUUUACUGUUUUGCAAUAGUCAUAUACCCUUUUUAAUGUUUCCUUAAUUAACAGCACAUUACGACAGGAACAAAUAUAAAAACUUAUACUUGUGCAAGAACAAAAAUUCAGUGUUUGGCUGUUUAUUAUUUUAUCCGUUGUUUAUUAAUAUCAAAGCUUUAGCAAUAAGUAAACUUUCAUUAGAACUGAGACAUUUUCUGACACAUGUUCCUAUAGUAAUAUGACAUAAGGUAAUAAUUUUAAUGAAAACAAAAUGUCAAUUUACCAUCUUAGCCUUUUGUAUAUUAAUUGGCCAAAAACUAUGGAAAUAUACAUGUAUCUGAGAUUUUGAAAGGUGUUAAACAUAAUGUAUUCAAAAACAUUCCUCAGGUGUUGCUCAACAUAUCGAGAUAUUUCAAGAUAGCAUUUGCACUGAGAUUUACUAAGCAUUUUACAUUGUUUCAUAUAUUGUUAUGACACUUCUUGCCAUUACAGUUAUUGCAUCACUGAUUGUUACAUAUAACAGUACCAAACCUACUUUUUAAAAAUGUAUAAGCAAAUUAUAUUGCAGUAGCUGCAACAUCAAACUACACAUAUGUUUUUCAAAAAUGAUAAAUGUCCAAUUUUAUAAGAUACUUGUUGUUAAGAAGUCAACAUUUUAUUUUAAAAUGUAAUAAAUAAGUGGCACAAAAUUAUUUAUGAAUUGUGUUGUCCAUGUAUCACUGUCAUUUCUUAAUGACAAAGUUGAUAAAAUUAUUUUUAAACAAGCCUCAGAAAAUCACCUAAUGCAUCUAGAAUAUCUUUAAACCUAUUACAUCAAAGUCUAACUAUC